UCGACUGUCAACAUCAUCUCCCUUUCGACAACGCUCUCUUUCUCUCUUCCACGACAGCCAGAACCUUUAGAGCGACAGGCUGGCCAAAUCUGCGCCGUCUGGCAUCGGCUCCCAGAAAAUCCACGGUCUCACUUCUCACACCAACCUCCACCUUGGUGCAAGCAUGUCCGACCGAGAGCAAGCAGCGUCGUCUGAGGGCGAGGGCGAGGCUAUUCGUCCGUAUGGCGAACCAGACCCAGAUCUCGACUCCUCCGACGAGUCUGAAGAGGACGAUCCCGAGGAGGCCCGCCGCAUUGCUGAGGGUUUCAUCGUUGAUGGGGAUGAUGACGAUGACGACGAUGCGGACGAGGACAACGAAGAGGAGCAGCGCCGUCGCCGGCGCGAGAAGCGCAAGCGCAAGCGUCGCAGAGAGCGCGAGAGGCAGCGGCGCGAGGAAGAGGAGCUGUCCGAGGACGACCUGGAGCUCUUGAACGAGAAUGCAGGUGUCGGACCAUCGCGCCCGUUGAAGCGUCUACGCAGGCGGUCGGGGUCAGACGAAGGCGAUUCGCGUCUCCAGGGUAUGUUUGACGACGACGAGGAGCGCAUGGCCGACGACGACGACGACCUCGCCGAUUUCAUUGAGGAGGACGAGGACGAAGAACAGGCGCGUAACGAGACCGAAGAGCAACGACGGGAACGAAAGCGCGAGGAGAAACAGCGUCGGCUCGACGCCGCUCGCGCGCGUCCAGAGCUCGCUGGCGUCGACAAGGACUCAUGGGACGAGAUCUUCGAUGUGUUCGGCGAUGGGCAUGACUAUGACUGGGCGUUGGAGGGCGAGGAGGGCAUGGAGUUUGAGGAUGAGGACGAAGGGAAAAAGGACCUCCGCCUUGAGGAUGUGUUCGAUCCCGCCGAGAUCAAGGAGCGCCGUCUGCAAGAUGAGGACCGCGCCAUCGCGCAGGUGGAUCGGCCUGAGCGUCAUCAACUCGUCAACUCGACGCUCUCCGACAACCCUAUCCUCGUCCCCGACACACUUUACCCUCCUCCAGAGGUUGCUGCAGGCUGGGCGCACAACCGCAUUGGCACACGCACGCAGUACCUCUUCUGCGGAAAUACUGAUUUCCUUUGGCCUGAGCCGUCAGUGCAGGACCCGAAUCCGGAGCCUGCGCAACCUCGUCUCGACCUUCAGGAGGACUUCAUCAAAGCGGUGGCAAGCGCGCUCAACAUGAUGUUCGUGCAGAAUCUUGAAGUGCCAUAUCUGUGGCACUACAAGCGUGACGCGUUCAGCGUGCUCGAAAACCAGGGCCAGACGUCAGUGCAGUUCCUCGACCGCGAUGACCUGUGGACCCUGUAUGGACUCGGCAUCAAGUUCCGCGCCAUCUGGCAGCGUUGUGAGCAGGUCACCGCGAUGUGGAACAAGGUUCGCGCACGCCGACCAGACGUUGAAGACAAGUACCUCACCGAAACACUGCUUCCCUCUGUCUGCAACUUGUCGAUCGAGGCCGCGGCCGAGGGCGCAGACUGGCUUGCAUACCACUACGCGGACGACAUCCGGGCUAUCAAGGAGGACGAGGCGAUCGAGGAGGGCAGCGGCAAGCGCUUGCCAGAGCGCAACCGCGACAGUGAGAUGCGCAAAGGGCCGAUCAUGCAGCUCGUUAAGGCGUUUGGCAUUAACGUUCCCGAAAUCGCGACAGCCUUCAAUGUCAUCGGUGGUGAUCCCAUUGCGCCGCCUCCCACUCCGGACAAGAUGCCCGACGAUCUUGCUGAGGAAUUCUGUGGCGAGGGGACGCCAUACCAUAUUGCCGCUGACGCCCUUAACGCGGCCAAACGCAUCAUUGCGGCUGAACUCUCCCGCGAUCCAUCCAUUCGUCAACAGUCGCGCGAGUUUGUUGAGGCGUGUUCCCUCGUGUCGACGACGCCGACUGAUCGUGGCAUGUCCGUCAUCGACCAGUACCACGCAUACUACACCUUCAAGUUUUUGACGAACAAGCCUGUGGAGCUGUUUAAAAACACACCUCAAUUCCUGCACAUCCUGAAAGCUGAGGAGGAGGGGUUACUCAAGAUUGAGUUCUCGCUCCAGCCCGAGGGAUUUGCCAGCUAUGUCGACGCGCUUAAGCGCUGCGUCCAAUCACAAGACUAUAGUGAGGUCGCGCAGUCGUGGAACGGACACCGCGAGGAGAUCAUCGACCAAGUCGUCAAGAAGGGUUACAUCCCUGCAGCCCAGCGCUGGCUGAAAGAACACAUGCGCACCCAGGCCGAGGAGUUUGUUGCCGAGCGCUGCCGCGAGGAGCUUGAGUUCCGCGUAAACAUGCGCCCGUACGCUACGCGCGACAUGGCCGUGGGCGAGACCCCGACUGUCCUCGCCAUCACCGUCGGUCAAGGCACGGUGCACGACGCCGUGGUGGCCGUCACUGUAGAUCCCGAGGGUGCCAUUCGCUCGCCGCGCAAAUUCGACAAUCUGCGUGACGCAGGCCCACGCUCAGCAUUCAUUGAGCUGGUCGAGAAGAGACAGCCGAAGGUGGUUGUUAUUGGCGGUCUCUCAGUCCAGACCGGACGGCUACGCGACGACGCUCUGUCGGCUCUCAAGGAAUUGGCCAUGCGUGACUUGCCUGACGGCGUGCGCCAGCCUGUUUCCGAAAACUUCGACACGCAUGAGGAUUUCCAGGACGCCAUGGCCGACUUUGAGGCGCAUCUCCAGCGUUUCAUGAAGCCCCUCAUCUUCGUCAACGACGCAACGGCGAGGCUGUACAUGAACUCGGAAGCUGCUGCGAAGGAGCACCCCGAGCUGCCACCCAACGGUCGCUAUGCUCUUGGCCUCGCGCGGUACGCCCAGAAUCCUCUGAACGCGUACUGCCGUCUCGGCCGCCGCAUUGCCGAUGUCACGUACAUUGAGCACCACCAAAAGCUCGUCUCGACGGAGCGUCUUCUGACCCACCUUGAGCGAGGUCUGGUAAACUCGGUGAGCGCCGCUUGCCUGGAGGUCAACAGCGCCGUGCUCGACCCCUAUACCCGCCACAUGGUGCCGUUUGUGGCAGGACUUGGACCGCGCAAGGCCGACGUCCUCUCCAACGCCAUUAACAAGCACGGGCCGCUUUUGAACCGAAUGCAGCUGUCCGAGUACGGCACUUUCGGUCCGACCAUUUUCGAGAAUGUUGCAGGGUUCCUGUGCAUCGACAAUGACGUGAACGAUUUCCGACUCGACAAGGAUGACAGCCCGAGCGAGCAGGCUGAGCCCUUGGACAUGACCCGCAUCCACCCUGAGGACUACGAGUUCGCGCAGAAAAUGUGCCAGGACGCGCUUGACCUCGACGCCGAGGACGUGGCCGACCAACACAAGUCACAGGUCGUCGUGCAGCUCAUGCAGGACGCGGACCGUGAGCGGAAGCUGCAGGAGCUCAACCUUGAUGACUUCGCAUUCAACCUUCAGCGCCAGGGAGAAGGCAACAAGCGGCACACGCUCGGGGCCAUCGUUUCGGAACUUAUUGCGUGGCGCCAGGACCGCCGGCCCAUGUUCUACGUCCCCAAUGACUGGGAAGUGUUAACGAUGCUCACUGGCGAGACGGAGCGAACGAUCGGCCCCGGCUUGCGUGUAACCGCCACUGUCCGCCGCGCACUCUCGGGACGCGCAUUCUGCCAGCUCGAGACGGGCCUUGACGCCGUUCUUGAACGCGAGUACGUCUCCGACGACCCGAUCAACUCUGUCGACGAGGUGCUCAGCCGCGGCCAGGCAAUCACGGCUGUCAUCCUUGAGCCCAAUCCGGGGCGCUUCCAGGUGCGCAUUUCUACGCGUCAGUCGGACCUGGUGCAGAGCCAGCCGUUCGUGCAGCCUUUCCGCAACGAGGAGUACAACGACACCUCGCGGCAGCAGAUGGCAGAGGAGGCCGCCUCGCAGAAGAGAGCGCGCAAGGCUGGGUCAGUCAAGCGAGUAGUCAACCACCCCAACUGGCACGUCAUGAACUCCGGACAGGCGGAGCAAUUCCUCGCUGGCCAGACGCGAGGCGACGUCGUCAUCCGUCCCUCGUCGAAGGGCCCAGACCACCUUGCAGUCACUUGGAAGGUUGACGAGGACGUGUAUCAGCACAUUGAUGUGCAGGAGAUCGACAAGCCGCAUGAGCAUGCUCUUGGCCGCAUUCUCCGGAUUGGGGGAAAGUACACAUACUCGGAUCUCGACGACCUGAUCAUCAACCAUGUGAAGGCGAUCGCGCGCAAGUUUGACGAGAUGGUCGUCAACGACAAAUACAAGCCUGAGGACGAGCUGGAGGGCUUCCUCAAGAACUACGUGCAGGCGCACCCGGGCCGUUCGAACUAUGGUUUCUCGAUUGACUCAGACCGGCCGGGUUACCUCAAACUCGCUUUCCUUAACAAGAGCACCAAGGACGGCGGUGUGAUCCAGACCUGGCCCGUCAAGGUGCUGCCAGGCGCGUAUCAGCUGAACAGCGCCGAGGUGCCGGGUGUCACGGAGCUCUGCAACGCCUUCAAGGCGCAGUACUCGAGCCGGCUGAGCGACCAGGGACAGGGCGGCAAGACGCCGGGUAUCCGCGCGGGCGGGCGCACGCCAGGCGGUCGGACACCGGGUAUGCGUGGCGCCGCGACACCGUACGGCCAGCAGGGCGGGCGCACGCCGGGAUACGGCCAGGCGCCAGUGCAAGGCGCUGUGCCAGGUGGCAGAACGCCAGGCUAUGGUGCACCCGGCUUUGGAGGUCGGACACCGAUGCAGCGCCCUCCUCCAGGAGGUAUUAGUGCAUCAGGCGCUCCAGGCGGGCCCGGUGGGCCAGGAGGACCGGGAGGGCCGGGAGGGCCAGGCGGACCAGGCGGACCAGGUGGACCACCCAACUUCGGCGGUUACCCUCCGCCUCCGCCACCAUCGCACUUCAGCCAGUGGGGCGGGCCGCCUCCCCCGCCUCCUGCGGCGGGUGGCGCGGGAAUGAACCCCGAGCGAGCGGCCAUGAUUGCGCGCAACGGAGGGUAUUAGUGUAUUCGUAGCCCGUGGAGUAACAUAUAGCCUGACCAUCCGAUUCAGAUGCAUGCCUUAGCAUAUC